UUUCCGCCCAACACCCCGUCUGAGACGGGUCGGAAAGUCGGUAGCUCCUUAGAGAACUGCCACCAUGCGGGUCAUCAUCGGCGUUCUGCUGUGUCUCACCCUGGUGUUCUAUGUGGCUCCCGUCGGUGGACAAAAAAAAGUCACAAGAACGUGCAGGUCUUUGGAGCUUCCAGACACGACGAGGGUUUGCUACACAGAUCCAGAUGACGAAGGCCGGUAUCUCCCAGGGACCGUCUGCACGUUUGACUGCAAAGAUGGAUGUACAAGGAGAAAAGGAAAGAGAAGGAGGAAAUGCUUUCUUCAUAAGAAUGGUCGGUCGAAAUGGUGGAAACCCCAUGGCAAAAAUUUGAAAUGUUUUUGCGCCCCAUGUGAAGGUGCACCAAGUUCCCCCGAAGGUUCCGAGAGUUAUUGUGAUCCAGACCAACCCACCUUCCCAGCCGGACACGUAUGUAACUUCAACUGCUCGGCUGGAUACGCCAUGGCAUCAGCCUCAGGUGAUGGGAAGAAACUUUGCGAGAACGGCAAAUGGAAGGGGAACGACAUAGAGUGUGAAGAUAUCGAUGAGUGUGCUUCUGAUCCCUGCCAAUAUGGCGGUACCUGUACGGACGGAGUCAACGGUUAUACCUGUGAAUGCGUGGCAGGAUAUACAGGAGAUGACUGUGAAACAGAUAUCGAUGAGUGUGCUUCUGAUCCCUGCCAAUAUGGCGGUACCUGUACGGACGGAGUCAACGGUUAUACCUGUGAAUGCGUGGCAGGAUAUACAGGAGAUGACUGUGAAACAGAUAUCGAUGAGUGUGCUUCUGAUCCCUGCCAAUAUGGCGGUACCUGUACGGACGGAGUCAACGGUUAUACCUGUGAAUGCGUGGCAGGAUAUACCGGAGAUGACUGUGAAACAGAUAUCGAUGAGUGUGCUUCUGAUCCCUGCCAAUAUGGCGGUACCUGUACGGACGGAGUCAACGGUUAUACCUGUGAAUGCGUGGCAGGAUAUACAGGAGAUGGCUGUGAAACAGAUAUCGAUGAGUGUGCUUCUGAUCCCUGCCAAUAUGGCGGUACCUGUACGGACGGAGUCAACGGUUAUACCUGUGAAUGCGUGGCAGGAUAUACAGGAGAUGACUGUGAAACAGAUAUCGAUGAGUGUGCUUCUGAUCCCUGCCAAUAUGGCGGUACCUGUACGGACGGAGUCAACGGUUAUACCUGUGAAUGCGUGGCAGGAUAUACAGGAGAUGACUGUGAAACAGAUAUCGAUGAGUGUGCUUCUGAUCCCUGCCAAUAUGGCGGUACCUGUACGGACGGAGUCAACGGUUAUACCUGUGAAUGCGUGGCAGGAUAUACAGGAGAUGACUGUGAAACAGAUAUCGAUGAGUGUGCUUCUGAUCCCUGCCAAUAUGGCGGUACCUGUACGGACGGAGUCAACGGUUAUACCUGUGAAUGCGUGGCAGGAUAUACAGGAGAUGACUGUGAAACAGAUAUCGAUGAGUGUGCUUCUGAUCCCUGCCAAUAUGGCGGUACCUGUACGGACGGAGUCAACGGUUAUACCUGUGAAUGCGUGGCAGGAUAUACAGGAGAUGACUGUGAAACAGAUAUCGAUGAGUGUGCUUCUGAUCCCUGCCAAUAUGGCGGUACCUGUACGGACGGAGUCAACGGUUAUACCUGUGAAUGCGUGGCAGGAUAUACAGGAGAUGACUGUGAAACAGAUAUCGAUGAGUGUGCUUCUGAUCCCUGCCAAUAUGGCGGUACCUGUACGGACGGAGUCAACGGUUAUACCUGUGAAUGCGUGGCAGGAUAUACAGGAGAUGACUGUGAAACAGAUAUCGAUGAGUGUGCUUCUGAUCCCUGCCAAUAUGGCGGUACCUGUACGGACGGAGUCAACGGUUAUACCUGUGAAUGCGUGGCAGGAUAUACAGGAGAUGACUGUGAAACAGAUAUCGAUGAGUGUGCUUCUGAUCCCUGCCAAUAUGGCGGUACCUGUACGGACGGAGUCAACGGUUAUACCUGUGAAUGCGUGGCAGGAUAUACAGGAGAUGACUGUGAAACAGAUAUCGAUGAGUGUGCUUCUGAUCCCUGCCAAUAUGGCGGUACCUGUACGGACGGAGUCAACGGUUAUACCUGUGAAUGCGUGGCAGGAUAUACAGGAGAUGACUGUGAAACAGAUAUCGAUGAGUGUGCUUCUGAUCCCUGCCAAUAUGGCGGUACCUGUACGGACGGAGUCAACGGUUAUACCUGUGAAUGCGUGGCAGGAUAUACCGGAGAUGACUGUGAAACAGAUAUCGAUGAGUGUGCUUCUGAUCCCUGCCAAUAUGGCGGUACCUGUACGGACGGAGUCAACGGUUAUACCUGUGAAUGCGUGGCAGGAUAUACAGGAGAUGACUGUGAAACAGAUAUCGAUGAGUGUGCUUCUGAUCCCUGCCAAUAUGGCGGUACCUGUACGGACGGAGUCAACGGUUAUACCUGUGAAUGCGUGGCAGGAUAUACAGGAGAUGACUGUGAAACAGAUACCGAUGAGUGUGCUUCUGAUCCCUGCCAAUAUGGCGGUACCUGUACGGACGGAGUCAACGGUUAUACCUGUGAAUGCGUGGCAGGAUAUACAGGAGAUGACUGUGAAACAGAUAUCGAUGAGUGUGCUUCUGAUCCCUGCCAAUAUGGCGGUACCUGUACGGACGGAGUCAACGGUUAUACAUGUGAAUGCGUGGCAGGAUAUACAGGAGAUGACUGUGAAACAGAUAUCGAUGAGUGUGCUUCUGAUCCCUGCCAAUAUGGCGGUACCUGUACGGACGGAGUCAACGGUUAUACCUGUGAAUGCGUGGCAGGAUAUACAGGAGAUGACUGUGAAACAGAUAUCGAUGAGUGUGCUUCUGAUCCCUGCCAAUAUGGCGGUACCUGUACGGACGGAGUCAACGGUUAUACCUGUGAAUGCGUGGCAGGAUAUACAGGAGAUGACUGUGAAACAGAUAUCGAUGAGUGUGCUUCUGAUCCCUGCCAAUAUGGCGGUACCUGUACGGACGGAGUCAACGGUUAUACCUGUGAAUGCGUGGCAGGAUAUACAGGAGAUGACUGUGAAACAGAUAUCGAUGAGUGUGCUUCUGAUCCCUGCCAAUAUGGCGGUACCUGUACGGACGGAGUCAACGGUUAUACCUGUGAAUGCGUGGCAGGAUAUACAGGAGAUGACUGUGAAACAGAUACCGAUGAGUGUGCUUCUGAUCCCUGCCAAUAUGGCGGUACCUGUACGGACGGAGUCAACGGUUAUACCUGUGAAUGCGUGGCAGGAUAUACAGGAGAUGAUUGUGAAACAGAUAUCGAUGAGUGUGCUUCUGAUCCCUGCCAAUAUGGCGGUACCUGUACGGACGGAGUCAACGGUUAUACCUGUGAAUGCGUGGCAGGAUAUACAGGAGAUGACUGUGAAACAGAUACAAAUGAAUGUGAGGGUGUGACCUGUGACAACGGUGGAACCUGUGUCGAUGGCAUCAACGAAUACUCCUGCGACUGUGCUGAUGGCUUUUUUGGAGAUCAUUGUGAAACGGCGGCCUGCCAAGCUAGGACUGACCCACCAGAAGUCGAAAGGGGGAAUGUCUACUGUAAUGAUUCGGGUCCGCUGUACCCAAUCGGCACUUUCUGUGUCCACGGGUGCAAUAACACGGGUGGCUAUUUCCGUUCCUCUGGGGACAAGAGCAGGACAUGCCAAUCAGGAGGAACAUGGGAUGGAGAGGAUCUAGUGUGCCAAACGUUGGCGGACGAUUCAACUUUGGCCUGCUCUGCCCGGACUGACCCACCAGAAGGCGAGAGGGGGACCAUGCAUUGUACUGAGUCAGGUCCGCCGUACCCAAUCGGCACUACAUGCAUCUACUCGUGCGAUGAGACGGCAAGUUUCUUUCUCAAGUCCGGGGACGAGACUAGGACAUGCCAAGAAGGUGGGACGUGGGAUGGAGAGGUUCAAGUGUGCGCUCUGUGGCCGGACGAUUCAUCAGUGGCCUGCUCUGCCAGGACCGACCCACCAGAGGGCGAAAGAGGGAGCAUUUUCUGUACUAAUUCAGGUCCGCCGUACGCGGUCGGCACACUCUGCAUCCACCAGUGCGAUAACGAGCAAGGUUUUUUCACCGAGUCUGGGGACACUCAGAGGACAUGCCUAGUUGGAGGAACAUGGGGUGGAGACGAUCUAGUGUGCGGUGAGGCCUGCUCUGCCCGGACUGACCCACCGGAAGGCGGGGGGAACAUGUACUGUACUAAUUCAGGUCCGCCCUACCCGGUUGGUACGGUUUGCACCCACCAGUGCGAUAACGGGGGAGGGUUUUUCCUCAACUCUGGGGACGAGAGCAGGACAUGCCAAGUAGGAGGAACAUGGGGUGGAGUGGAUCUAGUGUGCGCUGAUGACUGCCCUGCCAGGACUGACCCACCAAUAGACCAAAGAGACACCGUCGUGCAUUGUGAUAAUGCAGGUCCGCCGUACCCAAUUGGUACAGUCUGCACCCACUCCUGCAAUGGCGACCUUGGUUUUGUCUCCAUCUCUGGGGAUGGGAGCAGGACAUGCCAACUAGGAGGGACAUGGGACGGCGCGGAUCUAGUGUGCGGAACCUGAGUAGACCGUGAUUUGGCGGUACACACAGCAUGAUGAGUAAUUCCACCAGUCAUCAUGGCCAUGCUGAUGUGCAGAACCAUAAGUGGCAGCGAGACCAGGCUGCAGCAUAGUUACAUGUAUAAGCCAGUGCUUUUCUGAUUACAGCCAGUCUUUAAAGAGAUAAUAAUGCAAUUUUCGUUUCCUGCUCAAACAGCAUUAAGGAAUAGUGACUUGCUUCAUAGUUAAUAUAUGAUUUGAACGAUAAAAUGGCCUUAAUAUGUUCAUUUUAGAUAUCAUGGUAUAGCAUAGUAUAUGGUUUAAGAAUUGAAUUACUGAGUAGGUCAUACAUAUAGUACAUAUAGUUCAUAUUCCUUCUACAUUUCACGGUAAGUCAAUGCUUUUCAGAUUAUGUAAUUUUCACUUCCUGCUUUAAACGGGAUAUUAAGGAAUAGUGACAUGCUUCAUAGUUUAUAUAAUUAGACGAUUUGAAUGAUAAGAAUGGCCUAGAUAUAUUCAUCUUGUAUUUUAGAUAUCAUGGUAUGGCAUAGCAUAUGGUUGGAGACUGUUUAGGUCAUAUCAUAACGUAAUAUAUAGUUCAUACAUAGUAAUAUAUAGUUCUACAUUUCAUUUCAAGUCGAGCAUCCGUGAGCAACCCUAGAUGUAACCAUUCUGCAUAACUCACAAGUAAUCCAAGUUUCUGUAUGGUAAUCUUUAGUCAAAAUAAAUUCCAUCUGUGCAUAGUGCCUAACGUUAACUGUAUGUUAAAGCAAGGUGGGAGUGACUACGAUAUCCAUGGAUGUCGCAUUUCUAGGUAAAUUUGUAGGAAUGCUUGCAUUUGCAUUUGCUAAUAAAUCAUUUAGAUGGUCACAA